AGUAUGUUGUUUUGAUGUUACAAGCAGAAGAGGAGAGUACUAACUUUUCUGUUUGUACUAUUGUUUUCGGAGGUUAUGAAAAGAUAACAUUAAAUCAAAACUAAGUUUUUUUCUGUUAUCAGUUACUGUUCUAAUGAAUAAGAAUAAUGAAAUUAUAUACUUGGGGUGCCAAUUCAUACGGCCAACUUAGCCACGGUGUGGAGUCUGAACAGUGUGUUUCACCGACUGAAACUAUCUCGUCUCACCCUCUGGAAGAUGUUGUAGCAGUGGCUGGAGGAGGAGGGCACACAUUGGUGUUGGACUCCACUGGCUCAGUACUCGGGGCAGGCUCCAACAGUCACGGACAGUUGGCCGACCUCGGUAACAACACAACAACACUGACUAGGCUCCAGGCUCUCCAGGAGUUCAGAGUGAUUGGAAUCGAAUGUGGGUGGGACUCCAGUUAUGCGAUCACGGAUACACAAUCAGUUGUGGCCUGGGGCUCCAACAAGUUUGGCCAGCUAGGUGUCACGAAAGAGAUGAUUGUCACUUCAAAGCAUCCAGUAGUCCUAGAGACACCACCUGUCGUGCAAGUAUCAGCUGGUCUGCGCCAUACCGCCAUGGUGACAAGUAGUGGACAUGUCCUGACGUGUGGACAGGCAAGCAGAGGUCAGCUAGGUGUGCUCGGUGCUGACGGAAAUAUGCUGAAGGCCAGCGAUGCUCUUGUGAGAGUGGAAAGUAUAGGAGACGUGUGCCAGGUGGCUUGUGGACAGCACCACACCUUGGCUUUGACAGAAGAUGGCCGACUGUAUGGGUGGGGAGAUAAUAGACGAGGACAGCUGGGGUCAGGCCCAGAUCAUUUUCCCCACUCCCCACCUCAUCACCACCUGCGAGCCUGGGUCCACCAUCAGGGCGGGCUGGACCCACUCUGCUGUCUUGUGUGUUGUGAGCGCUCCAUUGGCAUGGGAGGAAAGGUGACGACGUGGGGCAGGAACAGCUACGGUCAGCUGGGCCAUAGUUGCGGCCAGGAGCAGGUGGACCAACCCACUCAGCUGACUGACUUGCGAGGAGUUACACAGUUGGAGUUAGGCUCCGAACACAACCUGGCACUGUUAGAUAAUGGUGAAGUGUGGAGUUGGGGAUGGAACGAACACGGAAACUGUGGAACUGGAACGGUGGACAAUGUGGCAGUUCCUCAGUUUAUAUACAUUCCCUCGUCCAUCAAACUCAUAGCUGCAGGAGCUGGUCACAGUUUAGCACUAAGUUUGUCGUAACUAUUUUUAUCUCAGUAGUGACUGCCAAUUUGUGCAAAAUCAUGUAUUCAGACCUCUUAUGAUUCUGUCUGUAAACAACUCUCAAAUUGUCUUGUCACUUAAAGUGGCAAUACAGGGUGUAACAAAAUAAUUGGGCUGGCUAUGCAUUUUCAGAUUUUAUGUGUGAUUCUAAGCUAAAAAUUAAGAAUAACUUAUUUCCAAUUUCCACUUCGUUUAGCCACUAGCAACCAUUUUGUAUUUUUUACUAACAAAACCAGCUAACACACACACAACACAGUUUACAGUUUAUUCUCUCUUAAACUAGUAAAGCGAAAGAAACUAAAUUUGGCACAUAGGUUUGAAUAGGUAAGGGGAAAAUAAAGAAAUAAUUAUGUUAUUUUCUAUAAUAUUAACAAAAUGGCGUCUUGAAAAUUUUAAAAAUAAAAAAAACCAGUAUAGUUAUAAAACAAGAUAACAAUAAUAAGAAAACAAUGCACAAGAUACCAAAUAUUUGGACAAUGUGAUUACAAUUCAAACGGUACUUAUUUCAUUCAAUGAAAUCCGUCAAUGCAUACCUAUUCAAACUUAUGUGCCAAAUUUGGUUUCUUUAGCUUUACUAGUUUUAGAGAUAAUAAUUUGUUAAUAAAAAAUACAAAAUGGUGGUGGCUAGCUGCUAACAAAGUGGAAAUUGGAAAAAAAGUUCUUUUUAGCUUAGAAUCAUACAUAAAAUUUUAAAAUACAUAACCAGCCCAACCUUUCUGUUACACCCUGUACAAUUCAACAACUUAAAUGGAACAGACAGUGAGUGGUUAAAAUGUUGAAAGAGGUUAGUUGAAUACAAACUCACAGUGGUGUAACUAUAUGGAGAAGAGGGGGUUAGAACCCUUCCCCCCAAGAGCUCUAAAAAGAAAUGUUCACAUCAAAGCAAUUCAACUUGUUUGAAAUACAACAGUGAAAUGAUUUUUCUGUAAAUUAGACCUAAUUAAUUUAUUCCAAUUUAGAUAUAUUCAGAUUUAUUCCAUACACCACUUCCUUAGUGCUCUUCAAUGAGUUAACUACCCCACACCCAAAGCAGUUAUACAGCAGUUAUGCCACUGGAUACAACUGUUAUCGUUAGGACAACCUGUCAAAAAAAGCGUAGCAGUGAUCCAGUCCUUGCAAUUAGCCCGUUUUUGCUCUGAUAUUGAUGGUGUUUUGGAAGUCAUCUUUAAUUUUACCGUUUAACAACAAUUUUAUCUUUUAAAUCAAUGACUAAAGACAAGACUAUUGUCUAGACUUUUUUGGACUGGAAGACAAUACAUUUCCUUAAAAUAUCGUAGUAAAUAAGCUGUUAUUCCUAAAAUUGUUUGCCACCAUUUAUACUCUGUAGGAUCUAGAAAGUAUGUUUUUUUAACUGGAAUGAAUUCCUGAACAUGUGGACUACUCAUCUUGAGAUAAAAAAUGUCAUUUGGGAUGCACACUGAAAAAAUAUUGUACUGAAAUUUGCUAUUAAAAAUAAAAUUGCACACUUUUUUAUAUGUGUAAAGAGUUAUUUUGUCUUUUAGGAAAAAUUAUGGUGUAUUGAUACUAUUGUAUACAUGUAAUAAAUAUUCACUAAACAAUAUUUAAAAAAGUGAAAAGUUGUCAUAUUAGGUAAAAUUUAUUUGACUGUUUAUCUGAACCCUUUCAUUUUCAGUAAAACUAAUUUCAGUAUCUGGGCAAGUGGCUGGUAGUAGCUUACACUUGGGUCACAAAUGAGUUAAAAGUGAAGUGUUUCCUUAUUCUCAUGAUACGAUAACCACACAAGCGAUUCAUGGGAUUAAAGCUUAAGUCUACUUGCAGUUUCUUCACAUUUUUCUGCUUCGUAGACUGGCCCGAUCCACCUCCUAUGAGGUGUUACGAACAGUUUACUUUGCCUGCUUCUUUAGCUGAUUGUCAUACUGCAUACUGGCCUGGGGAUCUUCACCUUAUACAGACACUAUAUUUAAGACCCAAAAAACUGCAAUAUGCAUUCUGUGUGGUUUAAGUCAUAGAGAGUCAUUUCGUGGCUAUUUUAAGAGAAUGGGAACACUUACUCUUCCCUCCCUAUACCCUUUGACCCUGAUGACCCAUAUAAAAGAAAACAUAUCACUUUUGACAAGCAGGAGUGAAAUACAUAGCUACAACAUUAGACAAAAAAAUAAUUUAGACAUGACCCAUUGCAGACUCACCAAGACACAGAAAACUAAUCCUUCCCAAAUUGGAGUAUGACUUCAACCUGCUACCAGAAAGAAUAAAAUGUCUACCACAAAAGAACUUUAAAAACAAGUUAAAAAAUAUUCUGUUGGAAGAGUAAAUUUAUUAUGUGUUAGACUUUAAAAACACAAGCUUUGAUGAAUAUUUACAACCCAAAACCAAUUUUCAGACUUAUUAAUUAACUAGUUAUUUCAAAGUUUAUUGGCAAUUGUACUGCCUUUGGCUUAUUCAAUAAAAUACUAUUCUAUUCUUCUAUUCUUGAAAUUUAGAAAUUACACAAGUUAUAAGUUUUAAUAAUAUUGUUCAACACUGACUCCAAAGUAUAAAAUUUUUAUUGGACUAUUUUUUAUAUAUUUUUUUUGAAUGGUUGUUAUAUUUAAUUAUUUUUAUUGUGAAUGUAUCUAUCUAUUAAUUAAUUGAGUUAUGACGGUUUUUACAAAUAAACUGAUUAAUUAUUUUAAA